CGACAUACGAAAGACAGACGGACAGAGAAACAGACAGACAGACUGGUUGGUUGGACAAGAUGAAGCCCGGACAGCUGAGAGAUAGAAGUAAUGGGUGAAUUAAUUUGUUGACAAAGAGCUAUAAAUCCAAACAAUGGCGCAAGAAUUUAAUAGAAAGGCCCUCACACUAGUGGUGGCGCAAAUAUGUCAGACUAUUGGUUGGCAUUCUAUUAAUUCGACGCCCUUAGAACUUCUGGUUGACCUCUUGCACAGAUACUUAUUUGAAGUUGGAAAAAAUGCUCAUCUCUACGCCGAACAAUUGGGGCACACUACACCCGAUUUGGAUGAUUUGGGCCUGGCUUUCCAAGAAAUGGGCAUCAAUGUUCAUGACCUUAAUGAGUAUGUUCAGUAUGUUGAUUCAGUACCAUUUGCCCACAAUAUUCCGAAGUUCCCCGUUCCCAGAGAGUCCCACUUAAAUUUUCUCAAACCUGGAAGCCGAGAAGUUGUUACUAGGCCUGUGUAUGUACAUGAAUACCUCCCUCCAAUGCAUCCAGAGUUGGAAAAUGAACCAGUGGAAGAGUAUCCCAACAAAAGCAGUCCAUUGUCUGUGGAUGUAUCAUCUCCGGGUCCAAGUAGUGGUCCCAAUAGUGCUGGGGGAAGUUUAUCUCCUCAAUCAAGUCCGAAAAUGAAUGCAACAAAUCCAUUUAAACGGCCUGGAGACCCCAUUUCAGCUGAGAGUCCAGCUUUAAAACGAGCUCGUUUACUGAUGGAAGAGGAAUGUAGACCUUUGCGUGAAAUUAGUAGUGUCAUGAUGACAACUUCAGGCUUUUUAUCACCAGCCAGAGAGGGGAAACUCCCUGAAUCUCGCACACCUUUACAGCCAUCUGAUUCAAGAUCUAACUCACCGCAGCCGUCUCACUACCCAUCUGUUCCACCAGAAGUUAAUAAGCCUGAGAAAAAGCUCAAGAAACUUCUUCCUAAAAAACCUAUUGAUGCCUCCAAGAAGGUGGACAAAGAAAAUAAAAAGAAAGAGAGCAAAGAGAUUGAUCUUUUUACGGAUGUAAAUGUAGAUGACUCUAAUGUAGCCAAAUUAGUUAGCAUGAAAGAAACUUCUAAACUGAAAGCUUUCAAACCUGCUGGUUUCAAACAUCAGCCACAGCCAGGUUCAUCUUCUGCUGGUGCAUACAAGAUACCUAAGAUGUCAUCAAAUAAGACAUCCCCUAAAAGACCAAAACCUCCGUCCUUACCUCCGAGUGUCCUCCCUCCAGCAUCACCUCCUAUGUCUGAUCAAGACGACAAAAUUGCGUCAGCUCCAGAUCGUCAAAAGCUGUCAUUUUUCAAGAAAAUAUCAAAACCAAAAGAGGAAAAACUUGACAGAAAUGAAAAGCUGGACAGAGUUUCUGAUUGUCCACUUCCUAAUAAAGAAACAAAAGUAACUCCUGGAGGUUGGGUCGUAAAUGAAGAAAGAGCUAAAAAGGAAGCAAGAGGUUUCCAGAUUGACAGUUGCAUAGAGUCUGUUAUCCAGCAGGGAAUUCAAGAUAGUGAGAACACCAAGAAGGAUAAGGAUGUGAGCAUUUCUAGUGAUUCUUUCGUUGAUGUUGGUGGGAACAGCUUCCAUAUAGAAAAUUCACCUAUUCCUGAUAUGUAUUCAUUUGAGCCUGAUGCUUCUCCACCCUACACUCCUACUGCUCCUAAGACUCCAGAAAUUGUCCACACCCUAUUGGCUAAAGAAGAAAGUAAAAAGAAGAAGAAAGACAAAUCAAAAGUAAAGAAUGAAAUGAAAAAGUCUAAAGAACUCAGUCCAAAGAAACUAAAAAUGGAAGUCAAUGAUGAUGAAUUUUUGGAACGCCCAAAAACCCCUGAAGUGAAGCUGGACUUCAAACCCUUCAAUAAUUAUGUGUCUGUUCCACCUCAUCCUGGCCUUAUUCCUCCACUACUGGACACCAAGAGACCAGAAAAUCUUGCUUUGCAUGGACUUUCACCACCAAGAGGCUCCCCUUCUCCAGAGAAACCAAUUACUCCAGGAACUGGUAUUGGAAGAAUAUCCCCAGUUCCGUUUUAUCCUCCUUUAACCCCCUCAUCACUGUCUUUCUUCCAACAUUCACCUGCGUCAUCCACUUCUACACCUACUGGCGUACCUCCAACUCCAGGAGGAGGUAUUCUUCCCCUCACACCAGGAGCAAAUCUCACUUCUGUAAGUCCAUUGGUUAAGAAGAAAAGUCUGGAUGGCAAGGGGAAGAACUUGGAAAAGACAUUGGCUAUAUCUGAUCUACAAGAAAGUCCUGUGGGGCAGGGUGGGUUACAAUGCCAUCAAGUGAGCGAGCAGAGAGGACUCGUCUUAGUAUUGAAAAAGGAGCACAAAAAAGAUAAGAAGGAGAAGAAAGAUAAAAAUAAAAUUAAGAAAAAGAAGGACAAAAAGGACAAAAACAAGGAUAAGAGCUUGAAAAAGAAGGACAAAGUACUGAAAAAGAUCAAAGAUAAAAUGGAUAAGGACAAAAACCCAGAAAAGAUGAAGGACAAACUGAAAGAGAAGAAGAAAGAGAAAAAGAAGAAAGAGGAGGCCAGUAUGUCUUCAUCACAUCCUCAACUACUUGUUACUGAAGAAAUGGGAGUGCCUAAGUUGACUCUAAGAAUAGGAUCUGACUCACCUCGACCAGCAACUCCAGAGGUCUCAGCAACUCCUACAGCUCCAAAAUUCCUGCCUUUAUUAAGUGGAACACAGAAAGUCAUUAAAGCUGUAAAGAAACCUGUGACUGAGGAAGAGAGAAUGUUAAAACUUGGUAUUCUACCUCCAGCUCCACUCUUCUCUUCAUCUCAUGUUAUUGAGUCUGAAUCAUAUCGGCGAGAGAAAGAAAGAGCUGAAAAGGAGAGAGAGCGUGAAAGAGAGAGGGAGCGAGAACGAGAGAAAGAGGAGAAAGAGAGAUUAGAACGGGAGAAAGAAUUGGAGAGAGAAAAGGAAAGGACAAGGGAAAUUGAGAGAGAGCGAGAGCGUGAGAAGGAACGUGAACGAGAAAGAGAAAGAGAAAGAGAGAGAGAAAGAGAGAGAGAAGUGCGCGAAUGGGAAAAGGAAAGAGCAAGUAGACAAGCAGACCUGGACCAAGCAACCCGACCACCGAAGCCUAAGUCAAGUAAGAAUUCUAAACAACCCUUCUCAGAUCUGUCACUUUUCACAACCACGUCCUCCCCCUAUCCCUCCCCUUCAUCCUCCCUAAGUCACCCAGAUACCCGUCCCCACAAGGUGAAAAAAUCAUCAAGCAAAAAAGACAAAAUUCUUAAAAAGUUAGACCGGCCAGUUAGUCCUGUACCUGUGGUCAAUGCAAUGCCACCUGUACUUCCAACGCCAGUCAUCCUAGGGGGUCCUCCAGCUGCCUUGACUUCAGACCAAAUUACAUCGGGCUUCUUUAUUGACGCAACGGGUAACAAGAUCUGGAUAUGUCCCUCAUGUGAGGGUCCAGAUGAUGGUAGGCCAAUGAUUGGUUGUGAUGACUGUGAUGCUUGGUAUCAUUGGGUGUGCGUCAACAUUACUGUUGCUCCUGAUGAGAAUGAAAACUGGUACUGUCGUUUCUGCACCUUGAAAAAAGCUGAUAUCUCAGAGAAAAAGAAGAAAAAGAAGUCAAAGAAGAAACCUAAAGUACCUGUAUGAUAAUAAUUAGUUAUCAUUAUUUAAAGACUUAUGGGAACAUUAGAAGAGAAUUCAGAUGGUAGUGAAAUGUUUUUACUGCAUUUUAUCACUUUGGAAUAUUAUUAACUUAUUUUUGCUCAAAGCAAUCCAAGUCCUUUUGUGGAUAAAAGCACUUCACAGGUUUGUGUGUGUAUGUGUUUAUAGUAGCAUUUUGUACUGUUUAUGUGAAUGAGAAUUAAAUGAAUUGUAAUUAACCAUCCUUUAAGAGGUGGAAAUAUGUAUGUUCAAUAUGUGGUAGGACCUCAAGUUAACCCUUGAUUCUUAAUCACAAGUGUAUCAAAGUUUUCUUUUUUCAGCAAGAUUGUCUGCCUUGCUGAAGAAAUUUUAUGUACAGUGUAUAUAGUAUACAGGACUUUAUAUGGUUGUAAAUUCUUUAUGAUUUUUUUUUUUGUGCAGUUGAUUUUGAUGGACAUUUUAGCUAACUGAUGCAACUCAUAGACAUAUUUGUUGUUGUUGGGCUCCUAGUCUGAAACUGAAGAAUUAAUUUGAAAUGAAUCAGUUCAUCUUUUGUAGUGUAGUUACAAAUUAUAUUUACUUGCCUCAAUGUUCAUUGGCUAAUGGUGAUACUCAACAUUUCAUAUUUGUCCCAAAGUAUGUUUUUAUGUAUGUAUGUAGGAGAAAUGUUACUAUUAUGGCAGUUCAGUGCACCCUACUAUCUUUUCCAUUCAUUUUAUCACCUCUGUAUCAUGAAAUCACAGUUAUAUAAAAGUAGGUGUUAGUUUCUUAUGAAUCUUUUCCUCUCAUACACUCCCUUACAAAGGGGUUUCUGAUUAGCUCAAAAUUAAAUUGAACACACCCUUUAAUUUAUAUUAGUAGUAAAUAGGGGUUGUUUGUUAUUGUUGUUUUGUUAAUAAGCAGGGUUUUGUCAUAUUGACACAAAAAUUCUAAACAGUUCUUCUUGGCAUAAGUGCAAUCAAUAUUUAUGUGUUUAAUGGUAACCUAAAUGUCAAUACAUAACACUUGUUGCUUCAGUUUAUGUUGAUGAUGUAACCAAAUGUUAUUAUUAGUCAGUUCUCUUCAUUUUAAUAUUCAAUUUGGUAUGAGCUUCAGGUGGUACAGGAAUAUUUCAGUGUGAUCACGGACAUGCUGUUGGCUUUACUGUACACCAGUACAGUUUCAUGGCUGAACAGUUAAUGCUUUAAUUUUUAAAAAAGGAAAAUAAACUUUAUUUGACAAGUUUACAUUGAAA